AUGACACCUGAGUGUCAAUCGGCAUUCGAAGAGAUUCAGUCACGCAUGAUUCAAGCACCCACCUUGGUACCACCCAAUGCAGCAAGGCCCUUUGUGAUCGAAACGGAUGCAUCCGAUUUUGGUGUUGGCGCUGUUCUUUUGCAAGAAGGUGACGAUGGUGAAUUGCAUCCCUUGGCUUUGAAUCCAAGAAGCUUUCGUCAGCGGAAGCGCAAUUAUCCCGCACAAGAAAGAGAGCUGCUGGGUAUCUUGCAUGCGUUACGUUCUUGGAGAUGUUUCAUUGAAGGUCGCUCUGGUUGA